AACUCCUCUGUGUUCCAUUGGCUGGAUAUGGGAGCACCAGCAGAGAAGCUACUCCUGGGUUUCCCUUCAUAUGGAAGAACCUACCGCCUUCGCACUGGUGCUACUGGCCUGGGAGCACCAACAAACGGACCAGCUGACGCCGGGCCAUACACUCGCACGGCUGGUUUCUGGGCUUACUAUGAGGUCUGCGACUUCAUCUCCAGUGCUUCGGUUGGAUGGAUUGAUGAACAGAGGGUUCCAUAUGCUACCUUUGGCAGUGCUUGGGUUGGCUAUGAUGACCAGCGCAGCUUUUCAUCCAAGGUUGAGUGGAUGACAGGCAGGAACCUGGGAGGUGCUCAUGUGUGGACUCUUGACAUGGAUGACUUUGGUGGAUCCUUCUGUUCAGCUGGCUCAUAUCCACUCAUCAACCACCUCAGGAUGUCAAUGGGCUUCCCCCCUAAGCCUACCACCACCCCAGCUCCGACCACCACCAGGGACCCCAUUGCCAGUUUCUGUCAUGGUCGCCCUGAUGGCCUGUACCCGAACCCAGUUGACAGCACCACCUACUUCCAGUGCUUCAGAGGAAACACCUACAAGCAUCACUGCCAGCCUGGUCUCAUUUACUGGGACUCCUGCAAGUGCUGCAAUUGGCCUUGAAGCAGUAUGGCUGAAAUAAAAAUAUUUGGCAGAAAGUUUGCAAUGUUAUGUAAACAUCUUGAACAAAACAGUAGCUAAAUCUGUCAUUGACUCAUUAAACAUUUGUUAAUGUAUCAUUUCAUAUGACUUUCACAUUUCAUCAAUUUCACAUUUUGUCGACUCAAGAAUGGAGUAGUAAACCAUCUUUAAAUGCAUUCAUUUCAGGGUUUUCAAGUUGCUGCCAUGUUGAGAUGAAAACUCCAAAAGGAAUAUUUGUUCAUUUUAAUAUUGUUUUUUUUCCCCCUGGAUGUAACGACUGAAAAAAAAAGGAUUUGAUUAUUGCUGCUCUGCUUUUUUUUUUCCUCCUUGAAAGUGAACAUUGAAGUCAGCCAAGGAAAAUGUUUAUCAUUGAACUUGAAAAUGUUGUUGAACAUAGCCAUUGAACUAUGAUUUAAACAGAAAAUAUGCCACAUGCACUGGAUUAAAGUUAUUAGGACCUGAU